CAACGUUUUUCACCAUUUUCUGGAUCAAACGACUAAUCGAUUAAUCGAGGAAAAUAGGAUAAUUGGAUAAAUCAGUUAAUCGGAUUAAUUAGAAGAUAAUCGUCAGACGUAGUCUUAAGAGCUUGUGAAUGAGAAACAUAAAGGUUUAUUAUGGUCAGGUGGCCGCGGUAUGGCACGUAUCCCAUGGCAACAGGCCUGAGUGAGGGACACACACGCGCACACAUACAUACACACACUGUAGGUAUAUAGGUUAGCUGGCUAGCAGCAGACAAAAAAAUCUGUUGUUUUUGAAACGUUUACUGUCACAAAACAUGAGUGAAAACGACAAAUGUUACUGCGAGCGGGAGUUUGCGGGGCUCAGAAGUCGGCAAGCCGCUCACCUUCUCGUUUGAAACAAGGCCAAAGUCGAAAUCUGGACACUACAGCCAAUCUCGCUCCCGCUCAAGGUCCUAUUGUUGCCGUUCUCGCAGUACAGUGGACAGCAUUGGCACCGAAGCCACAGCCGCUCACCCAUGUCUAAUCACCGCAGGCAAAUCAGCAACUGCGCAAAGGAACGAGCCAAUGGCACAGAGCUGGAUGGAGGCAGAAUCAGAGUGGACUUCUGCAUCACAAAAAGACCUCACAGUCCAACCCUGAAGUAUUCUGAGUGUUUGUGGAUUAAUAAGAUACGUUAACAAAAAAACACACAGUUCUCCUGUUAAACAGUUAUGUUCUGAUGUACAGUACUUUUUACUAUUUUUUAUAUUAUUAUUAAUUAUUAUUAUUUAGAUCUAAUCCAUUAAGAGAUGAAUGCUCAAAGGAGACAUUAUGCUUUUUGUGAUUUUCUGUCAUUUUUAUACUGUUAUGAUAUCAGAUGUCUAUGUUUAACAUGGUCAAAGCCUCCGGAGCCAGAAGCUGGCCAAUCAGAACAGAGUGGGCUCAUCAGGAGGGGGGCCUUAAAGAGAUGGGAGCCAGAGCGACCCGUUUCAGAAAGAGGCUGAACUGAAGGGAACAUAAUAUGUCCCCUUAAAAUAAAAAUUGAGAGUGGUCAUUUUAUACUCUCCAAAUAGAGGGCCUUUAUGAAAGAUCUGUAAAAAUGCUUUUGCCCAUUAGAAACCAGUAUUAUGUAAUUUAUUAGGAAAGCAGGGUUUUAAAUGGAUACCCAAAGUUCGUCAAAGUGAUUAGAACAUGGACCUAAAUCAUCACAAAUUCACUUUAGCUCAGCCGCCGGCAUUAUUAACACAAAACUGUAAAAAGCACGAGUUCAGUCCGGGAGAAAUAACACAGAUGAGGUGAAACAAAAAAACAAAAAUGAAAGAACACAACUGUAAGACAAUAAGACACAACUGUAAAUCUCAUCUUGGUAUUCUCUUCUAUGUAGUGGAGGAGGUGGUCUAAGUGGUCCUCGACGCUGUUCACGUGACUACGACCGUGGAUAUGAAUGCUAUGACAACAGGGACCACUACACAUCAUACAGAUCAUGAACAAACUAUAUGUUGGGAAUUUAAGUCCUUCGGUCACUGUCGAGGACUUGCAGCAGCUCUUUGGGGAGAGGAAGCUGCCAGUGGCCGAGCAGGUCCUGCUGAAAUCCGGCUAUGCUUUUGUGGACUUCCCCGACCAGAACUCGGCCAUAAAGGCUAUAGAGACUCUUUCUGGUAAAGUUGAAUUACACGGAAAGGUGAUAGAGGUAGACUACUCUGUUCCCAAAAAACUAAGGAGUCGGAAGAUCCAGAUCCGGAACAUUCCCCCUCAUCUACAGUGGGAGGUUUUGGAUGGCCUUCUAGCUCAGUAUGGUACUGUAGAAAACGUGGAACAAGUUAACACUGAUACAGAAACAGCAGUGGUGAAUGUUACGUACGCAACCAAGGAGGAAGCUAAAGAAGCCAUUGAGAAGUUGACAGGACACCAGUUUGACGACUACUCCUUCAACGUGUCAUAUAUCAUGGACAUGGAUGCUGCUCCGCCCGUCCAGGCUGCUCGCACACGGCGCGGGGGUCGAUCGUCCCGGGACCAGGGCACUCCUCAGCCUGGGCCCUCAGGAGGCUUCGGCGCUCUGCGCCCCCGGCAACACGACUUCCCCCUGCGCAUGCUCGUGCCUACUCAGUUCGUGGGAGCCAUCAUCGGCAAGGAGGGCCUCACCAUCAAGAAUGUCACCAAACAGACGCAGUCCAAGGUGGACAUUCAUCGGAAGGAAAAUGCAGGUGCGGCAGAAAAGCCCAUUACCAUCCACUCAACUCCGGAGGGCUGCUCCUCCGCCUGCCGCAUGAUCCUGGACAUCAUGCAGAAGGAGGCCAACGAGACCAAGACGACGGAGGACAUCCCUCUGAAAAUCCUCGCCCACAACAGCCUGGUGGGGCGACUGAUUGGGAAGGAGGGCCGCAACCUGAAGAAGAUUGAGGAGGAGACAGGGACCAAGAUUACCAUCUCCUCGUUACAAGACUUAACCAUUUACAACCCUGAGAGGACCAUCACGGUGAAGGGCAGCUUGGAGGCGUGUUGUAAAGCCGAGGCGGAGAUCAUGAAGAAACUGAGGGAAGCCUACGAGAAUGACAUUGCUGCUAUAAAUCAACAGGCCAACCUUAUCCCAGGCUUGAACCUGAACGCUCUGGGCAUCUUCUCCUCUGGUCUGCCGGUGCUGCCCCCUGCUGCUGGACCACGCGGUGCAGUGACCCCUGUGGCACCAGCAGGAUACAACCCAUUCUUAAGUCACUCUUCACAUCUCAGUGGCCUGUACGGGGUUCCUCCAGCAAGUGCCAUCCCCCACCAGCACUCACAACAGGCUCCAGAACAGGAGGUCGUCUACCUCUUUAUUCCAACUCAGGCAGUCGGAGCUCUGAUUGGCAAGAAGGGCCAGCACAUCAAACAACUUGCCCACUUUGCUGGAGCUUCCAUUAAGAUCGCCCCAGCUGAGAGCCCAGAUGUUACUGAGAGGAUGGUUAUCAUUACUGGAACCCCAGAGGCUCAGUUUAAGGCCCAAGGUCGGAUAUUUGGAAAGCUGAAAGAGGAGAACUUCUUCUCAGCGAAGGAAGAGGUCAAACUGGAGACGCACAUCAAGGUUCCCUCGACUGCAGCUGGCAGGGUCAUCGGUAAAGGCGGCAAGACGGUGAACGAGCUGCAAAACCUUACGAGCGCUGAGGUCAUCGUACCGCGGGACCAAACUCCAGACGAGAACGACGAGGUCUUUGUGAAAAUCAGUGGGCAUUUCUUUGCCAGCCAGACUGCACAGAGGAAGAUCCGGGAGAUCAUUCAGCAGGUCAAACAACAGGAACAGAAGCACCAGCAGGGCGCCGCCGUGUCACCGCACCACUCCAAGUGACCAGCGGGGUGGCUCCAGUGGGCGCCAGCCAAUGAAUGUAGCCCUCCCAAACGGACAGAGACCUACCCAGACAAAGGCCAAGGCCAAGGGGGACAUGCAGGGCAGACCAGCAGCACCGGGAUCAAAACCAAAGAACUUCACGAGGGGGGAAACAAGUGAGAGCCAAAGGCUGAGGGCAUUGUGUGCACUGCCAGCCCUGUGAGAGCAGAUAGAGUGGGAGAAACCGUACUGAUAUAACUGCAAAAACAGACAAAAAAAGACCAAAACAAUUAAAAAAAACAACAACAAAAAAAAAAUCAAGAAAAGUUGAAAUGGCAGAGAAUUUGGGAACUGUUGUCUUCACAGUUAAAAAGGUAAAACAGGAAGUAGUAUGUCGCCCUGCAUAACGUUAUCUCUUUAGUUGGACUAACAUAGGCCUAACAGAAAAAGCAACUGUAUUAACACGAGCGUAGGUGAGGCAUUGUGAUUCAUACUUUGGGUUAGAGCAAGAGUGAGUUACAAUGGACGCCUUCUCUCACAAGAGUUUGAUUAAAUAUCCUUAGCAGUAUUAAUACAGGGUAGAAAAGUAUAUUGAUACACACUGACAGUAUGAACUGUUAUUUGUCUAUCAAAAUAACAGUAAGUCUUGGUGUUGUUUUUAAUAUUUUGCUUGUUCCAGAGAUCGAUCGGGCUGCAGCAGCCACAUACAGCGGUUUCCCUCAUUUGUUCAUAUUUUAGGUCACUGAAAUCAAAACGAGCACCCCUCCCCCCCCUCCUCCCCACCGUUAGUAAUAUGGUGAAUGGUUCUGAAUUUUUGUAACAAGCCUGUGUGUGUGCCAACGCAAAAGAUAACGUCCCUAUGAAAUGUUUCGCACCAUUCAUAUCUGAUGCUACACUUUUUUUUCUUUCUUUUCUGCUAAUUUCUGCUAUCACGUUCUCAUCACUCUCUCUCAUCAAUCAUAAUGUUAUUUUUAAUAGGAUAAAAAUAUUUGUCGUCAAGAAACACUUUUUUUUUUCUUUUUUUUUUCCUUUUUAGCCUUUUGAUAACGUUGAACUGACUGCCACUUGUGCUCAACAGAAGUUAAAUGCAACAGAGGGAUUUUUUUUUUUUUUUUUGGGUAUCACUCUCCCAUGCUGUAGAGUAGACUGUAUCUACAUUCAUGCUUAUUGUCCUGAUGAUAAAAAAAAAAAAAAUCAAAAGGACGUGUCAAAAGACAUCCUCCUCAACGAUCAGAGCAAAUUGACGUCUUAAAAGCAAACAAUCGGUGCAUCUUUGCUUGUUGACAGGUAUUUUGAAUGUGCACCGCCACACGCUCAGCCUUACGAGGACGUCACGAGGGCGAAAACAAAAUGUGAGGCGAGGGCCCGGUUAGUGGGUUGGGGAGGG